AUGGCUGCUAGAAGAAAGGCUGGGAAGGUUCAGGCCGAGGAGCAGUUGUCCCUCAAGGCAGCAUUGGAUCCUAAUGAGAUAGUUUUUGGUGUAUGUCACAUAUACGCCUCGUUUAAUGACACUUUUGUCCAUGUUACGGAUUCGACGUGUUCUGAGACUAUUGUUCGUGUCACUGGAGGAAUGAAGGUUCGUGCUGAUCGUGACGAAUCGAGUCCGUACGCUGCUAUGCUUGCUGCGCAGGAUGUUGCCGAGCGGUGCAAGGCUUUGGGUAUUGGAGCUUUACACGUUCGUAUUCGUGCCACGGGUGGCACAAAGGCUCGCACGCCUAGUCCAGCUGCUCAAUCAGCGCUGAGAGCUCUUGCGCGUUCAGGAAUGCGAAUCGGUAGAGUUGAAGAUGUGACUCCAAUUCCCACGGAUUGUACGAGAAGGAAGGGUGGGCGUCGCGGUCGUAGAUUAUAA